AAGCGCAAUGUCAUGAUAGCGUAUUGUAUUUCCAAUGACACACCAACACUAACUAUAUAUAUCAUUACAACUUGCUCACACCAGAACGACUGGCCAUCGCGGAGGAUUUCACGUUCUCUGUGGUCUAUGGAUAUAACAUAUUUUGGGUGCAUUUUAAAACACUUCACAGCCGGUGUGCAGGCAGCUGUGAAUAGUUUCUGCGUGAUUUGAUACCACCCGCUGCUUGCAAUAGCAGACGACAGUGCACAAUGCACAUAGCAAAUGUAAACUUUAAAAGCAGAGGACAACGUUUGUAAAGGACGGCAAUAUACAGCGUUAACAACAGAACACAUUGGCCAGAAAUAGUGAGCAGAAUCAGUUAAAUAGGUGCCGAGUGGGUUCUGAAGAAGAGGAACCUGGAACAGACGACAGUUCAGAGCAGACCGCAGGUCAGAACAGACGACAACUUUUGGAUGAGGCAGCAGUCCGUGUCAGUUCAAGAAUUAGUUCAAUAGUCCUGUGACAAUGAAGCCAACCCUAGUAAGGAUGCGAAGUGUGACAACUGACUAUGUGAAUGAUAUAGAGGAUAUGUCCGAACUUCUCGAGACAGCAGAAAACCUGAAUGUGUCUCUUGAAGGCUGCACAUCUCCUGAAGACAUGAAGGUGCGCAUAAUAAAUGGGAUGAAGACAAAAAGUAAACGCGACACACACAGUCUUUGGCGUGAUGAAAGACUGGAUAAAAUGAAAGCCGAAAAUGAGCAGAAACGAGAAGCUCUGGUGAAGAUCAUCAAUUGUGUCUCCAACAGCCUGUGUCAUAGUUUGACCCAUUUGAACAAUAUCUUCAGACAAGAAGGAUCAGAUACGGACCUGUCACAAGACUUCCUCAAACGCACGCGUGAACUACGGAGUGGAGUCUGCAAUGUUCUAAUUGCUGGACAAACCAACGCAGGGAAGAGCACUCUCCUGAACCUCAUCUUGGGGAUGGACAUCCUGCCGAAGAGCAUCUUGAGCUGUACAUCCAGCAUCUGCAAACUGAGGUACUCCAACACCUACCAGGUGAUAGUCGUCCACGGUGAUGGCAGGCAAGAACAGAGGACCUUUGAGAACCACAAAGCCACCAGAGCGUUCCUGGAUGGGACCGUUGCCCUUCAGCAAGAGGAGGCAAGGGAAGCUGGGUCAUCUUUCCAGGAAGUCGUGGUCCUUCUUCCAGCUGAUAUUCUCAAGUGCGGCGUUACGAUUAUUGACAGUCCUGGGUUUGGGGAGAACGAGGCCAUGGAUACGGUUGUCAGAAACUUCGUCUCCAACAAUCACGUAGCAGCUUUCAUCUAUAUCAUCAAAACAGACAGCAGUGGUGGAGUACAGGAGGACAGGUUAAUACGGUUCCUUAAAAGCAUCCUCAACAUCAAAAACGACCACCAGGACGAGAGUCACUACUUUAAUCCGAAAGCAGCUGUGUUCGUUUGCAACCGCUGGGACCUAAUCGACGACAAAGAUAAAGCCAAAGUCAAGGAAAACGCUCUUCACAAGCUGCGAGGCGUGUGGCCAAAACUCGAAGACAAGCAAGUUUGUUUCUCUUCGUCAAAGUCUUCUGACAGUGACCAAUUGAACACGCUGCUACAAUGUCUGGAUGGGGUGUUUCAGUUGGCCAAAGAGGUUGACAUCACAAACUCGUAUUGCUGGUUGAAACAUAUCGUGAAGGAAUGUACAUUCUACUUGAGGGCAAUCGUCACACAAACUAACCAAACAGAUAGAGGCCUGAGGAGGACUUUGAGUCAAGCCACUGAAAAACUGGGCAGUCUUCAAUCUGAUGCCGACAGCAUGGUUACAAGCUUGAAAGAAGAACUCAAGAGAGACCCUCCGAUAUUUUCCCGUAGGCUCAGGAAUUACCUUACGACAAAAAAGAUGAAGAGGCUACUGAACGCCUCACAGUGGGAUGUGGAGGACCUUCCCGGCCUUUAUCGUUCCACAGAAGAGGCUUCUGAUAUGAAGAUACAAAGGGAGAGAGAUGCAAUCAUCAUUCAGAGGAUUAUUGACAUCCUGGAUGAAUCUGAUUUAACCCAGGAAUUUGUGUCAGACUUUGUGGAAAGGAUGAGGUCAAAAUUAUUUGAAAGGAUGAGUGAUCUUGGAGAGAAAAUGGCGAGCAUCACCAACGAUCUUAAAGACUCAACACAGUCAAAUGCUUCUGAUAGUUCUUAUGACUUUUGUAUUGAGGAUACGAACACAGAGGCGUUCAGAAGACUUCUCACAAGAGGCCUCAGCAGUUCGUUUACUGAGAGAGUAAGAACAUUUGUUGAAACGGAACCAUCGAGUGCGGUGCCCCUUGUUGAUCUGUCCAAAGCCAUUGUCAGAACAGCUGUUGAUGCAAUAGAUAACAUUGAUCGUUUGGUACACAGAUCAAAAAGAAAUUCAAGACGAAUACCACAUUCAAAUGACCCCAUGGAAUGGAUGUCCAACAGGGCAAUAAAGAUUGCAGAAAAUAUCGCAAACAAUGAGGCAAUUACAUUGAAGCUCAUAUCAAGGUACACGGGAAGGAUUGUAAAUGAAAUAGAGAGGGUCGCUCUCCAUGUACCAAAGUUUGUGAAAAACAUUGAAGCACUCAUUGUGGAGAUCACGGACCUUGGUUCAAGAGCUCAGCUCAAGAGGAUCGACCUCCAGAAGACAAUGGAGGGCCUGGAGCUACAGAAGGAUCACGUGAGGGGAUUUGGCUACAUGUACAUAAAAGAAAUUAUGCCAGAUGACAUUAUGAUGCAAUUUGAUGACCCUAGAAUCCGCAAUUCUUCUGUGGUAAAACUUGACUUAGGUCACAGACAAGGUCAAGGUGAAAAGCCCAUGUUCGUGUCACAGGUGCUUUGGUCACGAUUUCAAAUGGGCACUCUAUCUAUAGAUGAUACUUCCGAGGCCAUCACCACCAAGUACUAUAUCCAUCAACCAGCAGAUGAUGUCCUCUUCAGAGAGAUCGCAAAGCUCAGAUGCCUUGACAACAAUUCAUCCAUCGCCACCUUCAUUGGAAUGACUCGUGUUGAGUCUCUGGCAGCCUUCAUCUUUCUGGACAAACUGUAUUCAGCAAGAGACUACCUCACGAGGCCAAUCACAGACCAGAUGUGCCCCUACAAACUGAAGAAAGCUGUUCCCGUGCUUCUGAAGGGCAUUGUCGAGGGACUUGAGAAUAUUCAUGCGAACCAACUGGUGCACAUGGAGCUCAGCGCAGACACAGUCAUGGUGAAUUCCUCUGGAGAAGUUAAACUAAGUAACAUGUGCCUACCACGUCGAGCCAAGUUCCCGGAGGAUCGUGACGUCAUAGAGGCCGGGGAUUUCACCUGUCUGAGCCCGGAGGUCCUCAGAGGAGACGUAUACACCAAGGAGGCAGAUGUUUACAGCUUGGGCCUGUUAAUUUCUGAAAUCAUGCAACCAAGUAGGCCAUACAAUACUCAGCGAACAAUGUCAUUGGCAGUAUUCAUUGAGCUUGUAAAUCCAAUCACCAUGCUGCCGUUGCCAAAUCGAGAUACGUCAAAGGCUCUCUUUGAGCUUUUGUACGGAUGCGUGUGUGUUGUUGCCGAUGAAAGAUUCUCAGUGGCUGAAGUAGGCCUCUACAUCAAGGAUCUGGAAGAUGAAAGGGCUUUCGAGUCGUUGGAUUCAGUGAGACGUAUGGCAGAUAGGCGAUCGAGUGCAUUGUGGGCAACACCUGAAGCCUUUGAGCGUCGCUCAUUAGGUAGAUCUCAACUUCCCUAGAAUAGAAACUGUUUUGAGACUUGAGCUAUAUGAGCAAUAAUUAUGGCAUGCACUGAUUGGGACUGGCAUGGAUUAUGCAUUUGAACAAUUGAACUCUCAGGACUGUGAUGUAUGGUGAAUAUAUUGAACCGAACCAUUGUGACCAUGAUGUCUUGCAAGGAUGUUUUAUCCUGACGACAAAGUAUCUGUGUUAUCGACGGUAUAUAUAACGGUAUGAAAGUUAAUUGUUCCUUUACGAUUCUGUGGAUAUGUAAUGCAUGAAUCUAAAGACGGUUUGUUGUACUGUGGUGAAGGAUACGUCCUCUAUUCAUACGUGCAAUAGUUACAAACGAGAAGUGGAAAAUGGCGGUCGGCUAGCCUAGUGGUUAAAGCGUUCGCUCGUCACGCCGAAGACCCGGGUUCGAAUCCCGACAUGGGUACAAUGUGUGAAGCCCAUUUCUGGUGUCCCCCGCCGUGUUAUGGCUGGAAUAUUGCUAAAAGCGGCGUAAAACCAUACUCACUCACUGUAUGUAUUUAUGUGCCUACGCAAGUGACUGGCAACAAACACAACCAGUGUUUGUUCACAUUACUGAGAAACUAUGGGCCUUUAGUACAUCUUAUACAGUAAUGGAUGUAUGGAACAUUAUAAAAAUAACAAAUCUGGAAUUUCAUAUGCUUGCAAUAUGUACACUGACUUUUUUUUCCUUGUUACUACAUUGUUAUUUUACAAAAACAAAUCAAAGUUUUUCAUACAAGGAUAACGGAUAUACUUUAUAUCAACAAAAUGUACAACUUCAGCAAUAUGUGUCAUGUGUUGCUAAACAUUAUACAGAUAUGUAAAUAUUGUACUAAGUGUAUUGUAUCUGGCAAAGUCAUGUGAUACAGUGCCUGGACAAUCUGUCACACGGAACUAAAUAUUGUACAUAUAAGGUUUAUCAAGUCUUACAGUCAUGUGAUACACGGAGAAACUAUAGAUGGAUGUACAUAACUUGCAGACCUGUCGUGCUGCUGGUACGAGGAUGGGUGAGGCAGGAACUCAACCCUAAUUCUCUGUGUAUGGUUGUGUGUCGUCCACAGACACAUGAGAUACAGAACAGAUACUAAAUUAUUGAAAUACUGUAAAUGAUGACUAGCUGGAGAUGCAGCAUGCAGCAGCUGCUACUGUUUUUGACAUGUAGAAUAUAUGUAUGACAGAUCUCAUGAGGAAUACAAUAAAUUAUUAUGCAGAA